UAGUGCUCGGCUGGAACACUUAGUACUGAAAAAUACGACAGUUUUAUUUAUUUAGUUCGUAUUAAGUGUAUAUUAAAUAGUGUGUGCCGUGGAUUGUGCUUGAAAGUUCGAUAUGAAAGCUUUUUUGACCAUCCUGUGCCUCGCGGCAUCAGCGCUCGCGGACCCCGUCAAGGUGGUCCAGAAGCGCAGCGGCAUCGGGCACUACGGGUACGCGGGGCACGGGCUCGCCCUGGGGCACGGGUACGGGCUGGGGCACGGGCUCGCCCACGGUUAUGGGUUGGGCGCGGGCUAUGGGCUGGGCUAUGGUGGCGGUGCGAUUGUGGGCGCGGACGUGCACACGACGGUGACGAAGCACGUGGGCGUGCCCGUGCCCGCGCCCUACCCCGUGCCCGUGGACCGCCCCGUGCCCUACCCGGUCAAGGUAGCAGUCCCCGUGCCCGUGGACCGCCCUUACCCCGUGGCGGUGCCCCGGCCGUACCCCGUGACGGUGGAGAAGCACGUGGCGGUCCCGGUCGACCGGCCCGUGCCCGUGCCCGUGCCCCACGCCGUGCCUUACCCGGUUAUUAAACAGGUGGGAGUGCCAGUGCCCCAGCCGUACCCAGUGGCCGUGGCCAAACCCGUGGCAGUCCCCGUGCCCCAGCCCGUGGCGGUUCCCGUGGUGAAGGCCGUGCCCGCCCUCGCCCAUGGCUAUGGCUAUGGCUCCCCUCUCCUCCACGACGGCUUAUCCCAUGGCUACUCCCAUGGUUAUUCCGGCUACUCACACGGCCACGGAUGGUAAACGAAAAGAGGCAUUUUGAAACGCAUAGUCAUGACAUAAUAUUCUGUAUUGUGAUCUAGGAUUAACUUGACUAGUCUGUAAGGAUUGUAUGAGUUUUGCUUUGGAGAUUAAAGUGCCAUUGUUGAAGAUUGUUGAGAGUGGGGUAAAUGGGGGUAAAUUUGCGCUUCGCGGGAAGUUUUCGAUGUGAUCUCUGAAUGUUUGAGUCUGGAAGCAAAACGGUUACCGAGUAUUGUACCUGCUAUACGAACUAUUGUAUAUAGUUUUUUUUCUAUUAUAUAGAUAACCAUGAAUGUAUAAAGAGUUUAUUUCGACCGCAGUCGACUAAAAACUAUUUAAGAGUUUUGUAAUAAAUAUAUGA